GGGUGAAGCAUUAAUAAAUUUCGAUGAUGAUAGAAACGAUCAGUCUAGUGAGAACUGUUGUACAUACAAUAACGUUAUAUCGAGGAUGAAAAAAUGGCAUAUUUAGGAAUAUAUUUCUUGAUUAUCUUCUGCGUUUGCUUAACACAAGCAGCCGAUAAAUAUACUGAUGCGAACAGACCUUACGAGUUCGGGUUCACGAUAGAAGGGGAGCAGCACAGACACGAAAAAAAAGAUGAAAAUGGGAUAAUCAUGGGUGAAUUUGGUUUCAUCACUGCUGAUGGAGUGUAUCAUGUAACAGUUUAUGCUACCGACGAAAAUGGCAAUUUUAAAAUUUUGUCUAUGAAAAACAUCAGAGUAAAACCAUAUCCUACAUCUUCAGGUGCGGAAACCAAAAAGAUAGUCUCUGUAAAUAAUUCUGCUAAGCCGAAAGAUUCAAUCCCUGAAUCAUCUAAGCAAGAAAAAAUCAUUAAACUUGAAGCUCCAUCACCUGCAAAAUCUUGUUCUCAUUGUAGUCUCCCUGCCACCACCACAUUAUCACCAAUUUUAUCACAGGAAAUUCCAUUUACUUCUAAUAAGCAUUCAGUAGAAAGCAUAACACCAUUUUAUGCGAACCAUGAUCAAAUGAAACAAAUAUCAAUAUCAGAAAAUAUAGGUCAUAUGCAGCAAAACUACAAUUCAAGAACUACUUCUUCGUCAUCUGAGAAUCAACAUAAUAGUGAACAAAAACAAAUCAAUCAAAAUAUCGGAAAACAAAACUUUAUCUUGAAUAAAAACGUUAAUUAUCAGGCACACAGCGAAAAUUCAGGGUCACACCAGGCCAAUUCCCAGGCAAAUGUAAACAAAUAUUCACAAACGGGAAUAUAUUCUAACGGAUUAUCCCAAAACAGUGAUCGCGGUAGAGAAGAAUUAUUAACUCAACAAAAUAUUCCUCCUAAUACAGACCAACAGAAACUAAAACAUGAAGAAUUGCUUCCUAGUACUGGAAAAAAUUACAAUGUUGCUCCUGAGACUGAAAAUUUAUCGCCGCUAUCUAAUCACAAUAUUUCUCCAAUUUCAAGACAUUUAGAAGGCCCUAUAAAUAACGAUAACUAUUUACAGAAACAAAGUAUAUCGGAAAAAAGACUACCCAACCUUGAAGAUUUCAGCUUUAAUCAAAAUAAUAUCCAAAAUCAAUCAAAAACACAACAAGAAAAUCAUAAAAACGGAAUCCAAAUUAACCGUGACGAUUUACCAAGCUACCCUAGUAAGGAUAACAGUGAUCAGCAAACGAUAAAACAAAAAGACGAACUUGUUGAUUAUGGUGUAGGUAAACUUCCUACCCAAAUAAAUACAAAAAGCGAAAGAAACCCAAAAAGUUUUUCUGACUUUAUUCAGGAAGCAGUAGAACCUGAAAGAGUAGCAAAUACAGGUCCUAACAUAUAUAGACCAUCAUUACCAAACCUAAAUGAAUUUUCUGGUAAACCUGAAUUAUUAGCAGCACAAAUUCAAAAAGUAGACAAAAAUACAGAUAUUAAUCACUUAAAUCCUGGCGAAAGUGUCGGUCUUCCCAAUGGAAUAACCGAAGAUGAUAUGUCUAAUCUCCUUUACACCUUUAAUUAUACAUUAGGAUUUCAUGGUCAUCAUGAGAAAGGCUAUGCAAAUGGUGUGAAACAGGGUUAUUAUUUUGUUACUGGUAGAAAUGGUAUACGGACAAGAGUUGACUAUGUAGCUGAUGAAACUGGUUUCCAUCCAAAAAUCACUCAAGAAGUUUUAGAUAUUCUUUCAGAUGACGUACCCAAACCUGAAACAGAAAAAGAUGAAAAAUAUGGACUCAAAGGAUAUGAAUUCAAAUGGCUUUACUUUCCAGUUGAAAAGCAAUCUAAGUAAAUAUGAUUUUUUUUUAACAUAUUUUGAACUAAAUACGUAAACUGUGCUCAUAAUAUUCUGAAACUCGUUUUAUAGGGUUAAUAUCCAUCAAGAAGUGUACAUUACUUUUAUAUAAUAAAACAAAUACACUGCCAUAUACUGCCAUUUAAGAUAGUUACAUAUAUAAUUGUAUUCUGAUAAGU